AUGGCUACUGGUCCUUUUAAUGGUACAAUUACUUAUACUACUACUAAGGAUAUCAAUAAAAUCAUCAUAACUGGUAUUCCUACUAAUAAGGUUACUGAGGGUGAGCCUAUUAAAAUUGCGGGUACGGUUAAAAUUACAACCGGUACUGUUGAAUAUAUUAAUGGUAAGGCUAGGGUUACUAAGGGUACUCCUCCUACUGCUACUGCUCAGAUUGCUACUGCCACUAAGGCCACUAUUACUCCUAAUAAGGAUGGUAAGACUGCUACUCUCAAAAUUGAUAUUGAAAUAACUGAACCUGCUUCUCCUGAGGCUGCUCUUGAUGCUCUUGCUGAUCUUGCUAUUCCUGUUAAAGGUUGUACUGUUAAUGUGGAUACUAAUAAGAAUAAUCUUACUAUUAAAAUUACAUAUGAUCAGAAGGAUAAGUAUGCUGGGGGUAAGUAUACUGAUAUUGAGAUUACUGAUAUUACUGGUAGUGCUCUUACUACUCUUGGUCUUACCACUACUAACGCUGCCACUGUUAGGGUGGAUCCUGCUCCUAAUCAUCUUACUAUCAAAUAUGGCUCUAAGGAAAUUUCAGCUGCUGUUCCUAAGCCUAAGAAUAUGGCUGAGAAGGGUAUGACUGAGAUUACCACUGCUAAUGCUCAGAAUAUUGUUAAAGAACUUAAGCAAACUCUUCCUCCUAAUGAUACUACAUAA